AUGAGGUUUGGUGCCUGCAGCUGCUCCACCUUCCAAAGGAAGCUGCAACUCCCCACUCUGGGGAGGGCAGGAGAGCCCACUGGGAGGAAAGCUCAGCCUCAUCCUGGUCCCAGAACUGAAGAUGCAUCCACUCUGGAGGCUCCUGGUCCUCCUCAGCUUGCUGGCCUUGCCCUCGGCCCUGCACGAGCAGCCCUGGUGAGAAUUAUUGCCCAGGGCUUCAUGAAGCACAACUCAGAAGGGCAAAUCCAGAACACCCACCUGCUGGGUAGUCUGAAUGCCUUGGGCCAGAGCCCAGGGAUGGUGGGCUGGCUAACUGGCAGCAUGAACCUCCAGCAUCAUCAAGAAGGCAGCGCCAACAUCACCAACCUUCAGCUGGACUGUGGCGAGAUCCAGAUGUCUUUCCAGAAGGAGUGGUUCUCCGCAAACACCUCCCUUGCAUUUGACACUGACCUGAGACUGCCCUUCAACGACAAGAUCAUAAAGGCGCAUGUGCACACGAACCUCGUUGUGGAGUUCUGGCUGGAGAAAGACGAGUUUGGCCGGAGGGAUCUGGUGAUAGGCGAUUGCGGCGUGGAGCCCGGCAGCGUCCACACAACAGUCCUGACUCCAGAUUGCCCACCAAAGAUGAAACAUUUACUCCACGAUCUCAGAGACAACGUGGAAAAAGUUAUCCUACACCUGGUAGAAAGUCAGGUGUGUCCUCUGACCGGUGAAGUCCUCAGGCAGCUGGAUGUGAAACUGUUGAAAAGCCUCAUGGGUGAGUCUGUGUCCAUCCAGGGAGGCGGACUCAGGACUGGAAGAUGGCUGGAGGAGGUGCCCCCACGGAGCUCCCAGCGAGGCCUGCUCAGGGGGGUCUGCAUGUGCUCUGAGAUCUCUUAGAGGUGACCAUAUCAUGAUGACCAUUACUGUCCUGUGAGAAAGCUGGGACAGCAGAGGGGAUCCCUACCAAGCCGGCUGUGUCCCACCAAGUCACUCA